AUGCAGCUGGAUGCUUCCCUGUCUGCAGAGCUGUGGACCACUCCCUUCCCUUCCUCCCAGAAUUGCCAGCACAACACCGAGGGGCCACAGUGCAACAAAUGCAAGGCCGGCUUCUUUGGGGAUGCCACAAAGGGCACGGCUACAGCCUGCCGGCCCUGCCCUUGCCCGUACAUUGAUGCCUCCCGCAGAUUCUCAGAUACCUGCUUCCUGGACACAGAUGGCCAAGCCACAUGUGAUGCCUGCGCCCCAGGCUACACAGGCCGCCGCUGUGAGAGCUGUGCCCCUGGAUAUACGGGCAACCCCAUCCAGCCAGGCGGGAAGUGCAAGCCCACCGGCCAGGAGAUUGUACGCUGUGAUGAGCGAGGCACCUUGGAGACCUCCAGGGAGGCCUGCCGCUGUAAGAACAACGUGGUGGGGCGUCUCUGCAACGAGUGUAUCACCGGUUCUUUCCACCUGAGUGGCCGCAACCCCGAGGGCUGCCUGAAGUGCUUCUGCAUGGGCGUCAGUCGCCAGUGCACCAGCUCCUCUUGGAGCCGCGCCCAGGUGCAUGGGUCCUCCGAAGCACCCAGUCAGUUCAGCCUGACCAACGCAGCGGGCACCCACACCACCAGCAUGGGCAUCUCAUCCCCCUCGCCUGGGGAACUGGUCUUCUCCUCCUUCCACAGCCUCCUAUCUGGACCCCACUUCUGGAACCUCCCUUCCUGUUUCCGGGGGGACAAGGUGACCUCCUAUGGAGGAGAGCUGCGCUUCACAGUGACCCAACAGCCCCAGCCUGGCUCCCUGCCCCUGCACAGGCAGCCACUGGUGGUACUGCAAGGCAAUGGCAUCGUCUUGGAGCAUCACUCCUCCCGGGAGCCUAGCCCCGGCCAGCCCAGCACCUUCACUGUGCCCUUCCGGGAGGUGAGCAACAGCGUCCCAGGAGCCUUCCGGAGGAGGAGGCAGGCCCCCUGCUUCUCCCACUCGGGUGUCAGUAUCCCAGGAUGUCAGGAGAACCAGCCCCUCAUCAUGCUCAAUCCAUUUGGCUCUGAUGAGACUGACUGGGAUGAGCACAUGACUCAGGUUUGGCCAAUGGGAAACUCCCUUCUCCUGGUCUGA